AUGCCGGAACAUACCCCGGCACCUACGCCUAGCCGUGCGGUGUACGGUUUCGCGUUGUUCCUGUUGUUUAAGACCCUCUUUGUUAUGUAUGUCGUGUGGGCAUACAUUCCUACCGCAAUAUUCAAUCGGCUGGGGUUAACGUAUCUGCCGGAUAAAUACUUUGCCCUGUUCAUCCCCAUUCUCCUGCUAGUGGCCGUGACUAUGUUUGCUUUUCUGGUGUACCCUUCGCUUGCGCUUGCCAUGACACCAGACGUGGACGAUCGUGUUACAAUUUCGGACUCGUACACCAUCUAUCGUUGCGAGCAUAGAUUCUCCGAUGGGCAGAGCUGCAACCAGCAUAUCGCGGAUGCUUGCUCGAGCGGUUGGUAUGCUAAACGGCACUGUGAAAAACAUAUUGGUCGAAUCAGUGAACAGCAGCAGAGGACGGUUCGUGUGGCCAACUUUUGCGAUUGUCCCUAUGAGGCACAGUGUCUGCUCCGAAAGGAUCCGGAAUACUUACCUACAUUACGUGCCAAGGAUCCAAUUCCGGCGGUUAGUGAUAUAAGCAUUUCCAAAGUGAGCCGUACACUUUACCGAAGACGAUGGGAUUAAAAGAAUAGGAGGAAAUAAAUGUAUGGAAGAACGAAA